UUGGCGAGUAGUAGUAAUUGCAGUUCUUCUGGUUAAUGAUGAUAAUAAUGCCUUCAUUUUAAUUUAUUUUUUCUUGGUUUCAUUUAAUCCAAAUCUCCUUUGCUCCUCCUGUAGCAUUUUUUGCAUUAAUUUUGCGUAUCCUUGAGAUAGUGAUUUCACUGCCCCUUUCAAGGUUUAUUCCUUCCCUUUGUAUGUGUGUGCUCUGCUCUCUCCCUCUCUCUCUCUUCCUUCCUUCUCUGCUAGCUCCCAUUUUUCUCUUUUGUUCCUUUCUAUGUAUUCCUCUUCUCAUUCUCUCUCUCUCUCUCUCUUCUCCCCAAUUUUUUUAUUUUUUAUUUUUGUAAUAUUGGAUAUGGCUGUGUUUUUAUCUGCUUGGUCUCUUCUGUGUUUCUUUCUCUCCCAUUUCGGAUUUUCAGUUUUGGGUUGGAGAGACUGUUGGAACCCCGGCUCUUCUUCUGGGCGAGCUUUAGUCUGUGAGCAAGUAAACCAGCAUGCCAGUGAGGCAAAUGAAGGAGGAGAGCUCACAACAGCAUCCCAUCGUGAUCAAGACCCACCUCCAAAACUCCAUGAACCAUCCCCACAAGUCCCCUAAAGCCCCUCAGAACGGCAAGUGCCCGCCGCGGCAAGACCUGGCUCCUAACUCCAACAAGUCCCAGAAUGAGACCUCCCCGAACUCGUCCAACAAAAACCGGAGCCGGAGGCGGGGACGGGGCGGGAGGAAAUCCGACCAAGGCGAUGCCUGCACGAGGCCGAGCUCUCGUCCUUGUACUGCUGCCGAUAAGCCUGUUGCUUCGGAGGACCGGCUUAUGGGAGUCAUCGUCCCGAGAACCCCGAACGAGUGUGCUCAGAACAGCAGGAGCUUGGUGAAGUUUCCGAGCUCGAGCAGGUCAUGUAACUUCGCCCCUAGGCCCGGCUAUGGGCAAGCAGGGACUAAGUGCAUAGUGAAGGCCAAUCAUUUCUUCGCAGAGUUGCCACAGAAGGACCUGAAUCAAUAUGAUGUCACUAUUACACCAGAGGUGGCAUCAAGAACCGUGAACAGGGCAAUCAUGGCAGAACUUGUGAGGCUGUACAGAGAAUCUGCGCUCGGAAUGCGACUUCCCGCCUAUGAUGGCCGGAAGAGCCUGUACACAGCCGGUGAGCUCCCCUUUGUGGCGAAGGAGUUCAGGAUCAAGCUCUUAGAUGAUGAUGGUGGUAUCAGUGGCCCCAAGCGGGAAAGAGAGUACAAAGUGGUGCUUAAGUUCGUUGCGCGGGCAAACCUGCACCAUUUGGGAGAGUUCCUAGCUGGUAAACGGGCCGAUGCUCCACAAGAAGCUCUUCAGAUACUUGACAUAGUACUUAGAGAGCUUUCAACAAGGAGAUUUUGCCCAAUUGGCAGAUCUUUCUUCUCACCAGAUAUCAGAGCUCCUCAAAGGCUGGGCGAGGGAUUGGAAUCAUGGUGUGGCUUUUACCAAAGCAUCAGGCCAACCCAGAUGGGUCUAUCGUUGAAUAUUGAUAUGGCUUCGGCAGCAUUUAUCGAGCCUCUUCCUGUGAUUGAAUUUGUGGGCCAGCUUCUGGGCAAAGACGUGUUAUCAAGACAAUUAUCUGAUUCUGAUCGUGUGAAGAUUAAGAGAGCUCUUCGUGGAGUGAAAGUGGAAGUAACGCACAGAGGGAAUGUACGAAGGAAGUAUCGCGUUUCGGGGCUCACGUCUCAACCAACGAGAGAGCUGGUGUUUCCUGUAGAUGAUGAAUCGAACAUGAAGUCAGUUGUAGAAUACUUCCAAGAGAUGUAUGGCUUCACUAUUCAAUACACACAUCUUCCAUGUCUUCAAGUGGGAAACCAAAAGAAGGCUAAUUAUUUACCAAUGGAGGCCUGCAAAAUUGUUGAGGGGCAACGGUAUACGAAGAGGCUGAAUGAAAAGCAAAUUACUGCCCUCCUAAGAGUCACAUGCCAAAGACCAAGGGAUCGUGAAAAUGACAUCUUGAGGACGGUGCAACACAACUCAUACGAUCAAGAUCCUUAUGCGAAGGAGUUUGGCAUCAAAAUUAGUGAAAAGUUGGCCUCUGUUGAAGCUCGUAUCCUUCCUGCCCCUUGGCUGAAAUAUCACGAAACUGGGAAGGAGAAGGAUUGUUUGCCUCAAGUAGGUCAAUGGAACAUGAUGAAUAAAAAAAUGAUAAAUGGAAUGACCGUGAAUCGGUGGGCAUGCAUCAAUUUUUCACGGAGCGUGCAGGAUAGUAUCGUGAGGGGAUUCUGUAAUGAGCUGGCCCAAAUGUGUCAAGUUUCUGGAAUGGAAUUUAAUCCCGACCCUGUUAUACCAAUCUACAAUGCAAGGCCUGAGCAGGUCGAGAAAGCGUUGAAGCACGUUUAUCAUGCAGCCAUGAACAAAACGAAGGGAAAAGAACUUGAACUUUUACUGGCUAUUCUGCCUGACAACAAUGGGUCCCUCUAUGGUGACCUUAAGCGAAUAUGCGAGACUGAUCUUGGGUUGAUAUCCCAGUGCUGUCUCACAAAGCAUGUCUUCAAGAUAAGCAAGCAGUACCUUGCUAACGUCUCACUGAAAAUCAACGUUAAGAUGGGUGGUAGAAAUACGGUUCUUUUGGAUGCAAUUAGCUGCAGAAUUCCCCUAGUCAGUGACAUACCAACCAUCAUAUUCGGGGCAGAUGUGACCCACCCAGAAAAUGGGGAAGACUCGAGCCCCUCUAUAGCUGCUGUAGUGGCAUCCCAAGACUGGCCUGAAGUGACCAAAUACGCGGGACUGGUAUGUGCGCAGGCUCACAGACAGGAACUCAUACAAGAUUUAUACAAGACAUGGCACGAUCCUGUUCGUGGAACUGUCAGUGGCGGCAUGAUUAGGGAUCUCUUGAUUUCAUUUAGAAAGGCCACAGGGCAGAAGCCGCUCAGAAUAAUCUUUUACCGGGAUGGAGUCAGCGAAGGGCAAUUUUAUCAAGUACUCUUGUAUGAAUUGGAUGCAAUUCGGAAGGCUUGUGCGUCUCUGGAACCAAAUUAUCAACCGCCAGUGACAUUCAUUGUGGUACAGAAACGGCACCAUACUCGGUUGUUUGCUAACAACCACAGAGACAGAAGCAGUGUAGAUAAGAGUGGGAAUAUCAUGCCUGGUACGGUGGUUGAUACCAAAAUCUGUCAUCCAACUGAAUUUGAUUUCUACCUCUGCAGUCAUGCUGGGAUUCAGGGUACAAGUCGGCCGGCUCAUUAUCAUGUUUUGUGGGAUGAGAAUAAUUUCACACCUGACGGAAUUCAGUCGCUCACUAACAACCUUUGCUACACAUAUGCGAGGUGCACGCGUUCUGUCUCAGUUGUACCUCCAGCUUAUUAUGCACACUUGGCGGCAUUUCGAGCACGGUUCUACAUGGAACCUGAGCUGCAACAAGAAAACGGCUCAAGUGGCACGGGCAGUGGGAAUAAGACGAAGGGGUCCCGGACAGAGUCUGGAGUGAAGCCAUUGCCUGCCUUGAAGGAGAAUGUGAAGAGAGUAAUGUUCUACUGUUAGGCCAGUUUUAUGUACAUGUAAUCCUGUUUAUAUGUACAUGAUUCUCUGAUUUCCGUAUUUCUGUCGGUAGUUCCAGCAGCAGUGUAGUUCAGUUCAGCUUAGGACUCUAUAGUAGUAGUAGUAGAAAACCUGUUGGAUAAAUGAUAAGGUAGAACUAGGACAGGAUAGGAUUAGAAAGGAUCAGGAUUUCAUCUAUGUAGUCGUGGUUGCAUCGGUGUAGGCUUGUUGUAAAGAAAUGCUGGUUCAGGAAUCGAAUUAAGAGUUUUAGCAGGUUUCUCUGCUCCGGUUAUUGUUGAA